CUGUAACUCCUCCGGGUCCUACCUUAUUCAGAAAUACCCGUGAAUUUUGUUUGUCCUAAAGCUCAGUAUUCUGAACCUAGCAGCUCAAAAAUGUCAAACAUGUGAACUCCUUACCUCUCACGAAACAAGAAUAUCAAUGUAGAAGAAACAGACGCGUAUUGAAACAUGAGGAGGAGAAUUCUCAAGAAAACAGUAAAAGAUCAUACCAUAUAUUCUGGUGGUCAUUGUAAUUCUGUUCUUCGUUUGGGCUCAAGAAAAGAAAGAAAAGAAGCCAGAAACUCAGUCACAAAUUCUCCUCAAUGAAGAAACAAGGCUGUGAGAUUCAAGCAGUUGGUGUCAACUACAUAAUCACCAAGACAAACAGAGAAUGCCCUUUGAAAUUAUUCUCCAGGGAACCAAAGACAGUUCGCCAUGUUUUGAAAGAUGUUCAUUGCACAGCCAAACCAUGGGAGAUUCUUGCCAUAGUUGGCCCAAGUGGAGCUGGAAAGUCCUCAAUGUUGGAGAUUCUUUCGGGCAAACUAAAACCCCAAAAAGCUUCCAUCUUUGUGAACAAGAAGCCACUUGAUGCAGCCAGGUUCAAGAAAAUCUCCGGUUAUGUGACCCAAAAGGACACAUUGUUUCCCCUACUCACAGUUGAAGAAACUCUGAUGUUCACUGCUCGGCUCAGAUUAAGCCUUCCUGCAACUGAGUUGAGAUCAAGAGUGAAGUCUUUAAUGGCGGAAUUGGGUCUUAGCCAUGUAUCUUCUGCAAGAGUUGGGGAUGACAGAGUUCGAGGGAUUUCAGGGGGAGAAAGAAGAAGGGUUUCAAUUGGUGUGGAAAUUGUUCACGACCCUUGUGUUCUUAUGCUUGAUGAGCCAACUUCUGGGCUUGACAGCACUGCAUCACUGCAGAUCAUUGAUCUGCUGAAAAAAAUGGCGGAAACUCGAGGACGGACGAUAAUCCUGAGUAUUCAUCAGCCAGGGUUUAGGAUUGUGAAGUUGUUCAAUUCUAUUCUCCUUUUGGCUAAUGGCAGAGUUCUGCACCAUGGAACAGUGGAGAAACUCAGUGUCAGCAUGAUGGAGAUGGGAUUAUAUGUUCCUGUCCAUGUGAAUGUGGUCGAAUUCGCCAUCGAAUCCAUCGAGACCAUUGAGCAGCAUCGAAACAAGGGAAGAGGAGGAGCUGAUGAUGAUCAUCAGGAGGAGCUGAGUGGAAAAAACAGUAAGUUUACAUUAGAACAGUUGUUUCUGCAAUCAACUGUUAUAGAUGAUGAGGAAGCGGUUAAUUCUUCUAGGAUUCUGUUUUCGGAUGAAUUCGCGAAUUCUAGGUUAGAAGAGACCAUUAUAUUGAGCCAGAGAUUUUGGAAAAACAUAUGUAGGACUAAAGAACUUUUUGCUUGUAGAAGCCUUCAGAUGCUGAUAUCUGGCCUAGUUUUAGGUUCAAUCUUCUAUGAUCUCAGUUACAAUUUAGUUGGUGCUCAGGAAAGAGUUGGUCUUUUUGCAUUCAUCUUAACAUUUCUGUUGUCAAGUACAACAGAAGCACUGCCAAUUUUCCUGCAAGAAAGGGAAAUACUAAUGAAGGAAACCUCAUGCGGGAGCUACCGAGUUUCCUCAUACGCCAUAGCAAAUGGCCUAGUUUACUUACCAUUUCUGUUGAUUUCGGCAUCGCUUUUCAGCAUUCCUCUAUACUGGCUGGUUGGAUUACACAGGAGUUCCAUUGCAUUCUUCCAGUUCUUGCUUCUGAUCUGGUUGAUUCUCUACACAGCAAACUCAGUGGUGGUUUGCAUCAGCGCUUUAGCCCCGAAUUUCAUCAUCGGGAAUUCAGUCAUUUCAGGGGUGAUGGGAUCAUUCUUCCUCUUCUCAGGGUACUUCAUAUCCAAGCAUGGGAUACCAAGUUACUGGAUUUUCAUGCAUUAUAUCUCAUUGUUUAAGUACCCUUUUGAAGGUUUCUUGAUCAACGAAUUCGCCGAUUCAGGAUGCUUGGAAUCCAUGUUAGGGACCUGUGUUGUGACCGGUGAAGAUGUGCUUAAGGAAGUAGGGAAUGGUGAAGAAAGUAGAUGGAAGAAUGUUACCAUAAUGGUGUGCUUUAUCUUGGUUUAUAGGUUCAUUUCCUAUGUCAUUCUCAGGUGCAGAUGCUCUAAUAGAGGACUCAAAGGCUUCUUGAUUUGAAACAAUAACAUUCAUCUGUUUAAUUUGCAUCUCUCCCUCUUUGGUUGAGACUUGAGAGAUCAUGCAGGUUUUGAUUUCACUUUCACCCCCAUAAUUUUUAACUUUUUACCAUUUUGCGUCGAGUUAAAUAUAUCGUUUGGCAUGUAUAACACUUUCUAGUUUCUUAAUUUGGAAAAAAAAUAUAUUUUUGGGAUGGGGAAUGAAAAUAAUAAAAUAAAUAUGCG